GUCCAGGUACACAACAGGUAGCUGAUCUCUUUGCUCUUACCUUAAUAAUUUAUCACUCUUAUACACCGAACGUAUUCCUUAACAACCAAACACUGCUCAGAUUUUAUUCUCAGAUUUGAAGUUCAACUGCAGAAGGAUCAUCAUUAUGACUCCAGUUUUCCUCUUCCUCCUCUUCCUCUCGGUUCGGGCUGCUCCUCCGGGUUUAACCAAUGAAGAAGCUCAAAUAGACGAGUCUUCAGACAUCUCUGAAAUCAUCGAGAGAGCUAAUGAAGGAAUUUCAAUGAGACUGGAGCACGGCGACAUUGUGCCAAAUAACGACAGGAACGCCGUCCCCUGCACCGCCACGGGCUGCAAGUGGCCCAAGACUGGACGCUAUGUCUACGUGCCAAUCUCCAUCUCCACCAGCUACUCUACUGAAGAGCGAAACAUCAUCAUUAGAAGCCUGCUGAGCUUCCACCAAUCCACCUGCAUUCGCUUUGUCUGGAGGAAAAAUACCCAUCGGGAUUACAUCAACUUCUUCUCUGGUUCUGGGUGUUAUUCCUCUCUGGGCCGUCGGGUCGGUGGACAGCAGAUCUCCCUGAAGAGGACGGGUUGUUUGUACAAGAAAACAGUGCAGCACGAGGCUCUCCAUGCUCUGGGCUUCCACCAUGAGCACGUCCGCUCCGACAGAGACAGCUACGUCUCCAUCCUCACUGAGAACAUUCUGCCAGAAAAGGAGAAAGUAAACUUCAGGAAGGUGCAGACUAACAACUUGCGUACGCCCUACGACUUCAACUCUGUGAUGCAUUACGGCAAGUACGCCUUCACCAAAAACAACAAGCCAACCAUCGUUGCCAAGGGCAACCCUAACCUCUCCUUUGGACACGCCACACAGAUGAGCGCCAAUGACAUCGCCCGUGUCAACAGGCUUUACCAAUGCUGAUGACGGAGGGAAAGUGUCGAUCCAUAGAUACUUCAAGUCUCAGCUUGUCAUGAUUACUCCAAAGGCCCAGAUCUGUUGUACUGCAGGAGUAUUAUUUCAAAGAAACAUAAACUUGUCUUGAAUAUAUAAAUGUGCUGCAUACCUUUACAUAUGUGAUAGAUCUGAAGUGCUGCCACACUUCUACGUUAGCUUCUGUUUGCAUUCGGUCGUACUAGUAGUAUCUUCAGCUCCAGUCGUGGCUUCACGGCUGAGAUACUGAUGUUUAAUAUGUACUGACUGGACAUGAAGGAACCAGUUGGGGAGAUAUUAGUGGUAAGUGGAACAGAGGCAGAACACCAGACUGCAGAGCCACCUGCUGGAGCUUGAUGGUAUUAGGUCUCUUUCUGCUGAGGUCAGACAUUGUACCAGUUUUAACCAUUACUAGAGCCAACAGACCAUGAUUUUAUCUGAUGAUUGUUAAUUAUGUUGAGAGACACAGAGCAUAUAAACAAUGAUGAAACAGUAAAGUCAAAAGCAUUAAUGUGUUGUGAUGAAGCAUUUUGAUCUUCUAAAUCGAAUGAUGAUAAUGCCAUGAAAUAAUAUGUCAAUUUUGUUUUUUACAUUUGUUUAUUAAUGUGUGUAAAUUAAUCAUUUAUGUGUAUUUUUAUUUGUAGACUCAUUUGCCUUAAAUUGUUAAUAAAGUAUU